UCUGCAUCCAUAGAGACAACACGAGACACCACGGUGACCGCGGAAAAGAGGGCACGUUUAGUUUUACUGAAAUAAUAUGAAUCCCUCUCUGGAUGGAACCAGCGUGGCAGUGGAAACUGCUGAAAGAGUAGAGGACAUGGGCUAGACCUCUCGCAUUCCAGGGGUCUGAACCUCAGCGUGGAGGCUCAAACGAAUGCCUCAUUAUACCGGGAUUGCCGUGUGUUUGUGCUGUCAGCAUCCCGAGAAGGCGUGUUCCGCUCGGCUGUGUCGCAUCUGGACCAUCGCGGGGACACGGAGCAUGAACGGAGAACGGGCAACAGGGCUUGUCACCAGCUCGGUCACUUUCACCACAGAAGGCCCACUGAUGACCACACCAAAUCUGACCUCCUUCAGAGAAAUACCUUUGAGUGCAGCACCCUCCCCAUCUGUGCUGAGCGCUGCUGAGAGUAAAUCUGUCUUGCAGGUCUUCACGGUUGCUGCCCAGGCGUUGAUCCUCUUGGCCAUUUUCCUUCUGUCCAGCCUGGGAAACUCGGCUGUCGUCAUUGUCAUCAUCAAACACCGGCAGCUGCGCACAGUGACCAAUGCUUUCAUCAUGUCCCUGUCGUUGGCGGACUUCCUCACAGCUGUCUUGUGCUUGCCUUUCUCGUUUGUGAUGCUUUUCAGCAAAGACGGAGUAUGGAUGUUUGGUGACCACUUCUGUCUGGCCAACGGCUUCUUAAACACCUGCUUCGGUAUCAUCUCAACGCUGACCAUGACUCUGAUCUCCUUUGACAGGUACUAUGCCAUCGUCAGACAGCCUCAGGCUAAGAUCAGCCGCCAAAAAGCUACUCAGCUGUUGAUAGCUGUGUGGUUGACUGCUGUCAUCAUUUCUCUGCCAUGGUACCUGUUGGUUCGAACUCCCACAGAAAUCCACAAGCAAGGCUUCUACCACUGUAUGUACGUGUUCCACUCUGGAACUUCCCGCAUGGGGAAGAUAUACAGUGUUUGUCUGAUAGUAGUGUGUUACUUGUUGCCCUUCUCCCUCAUGUGCUUCUGUCACUACAACAUCUGUAAAACAGUCAGGCUGUCCGAAAUCCGAGUCCGGCCUGUCACCACGUAUGCAUAUCUGCUCAGGUUCUACAGUGAGAUGCGCACAGCCACCACUGUUCUUAUCAUGAUCGUUUUCAUUAUAGUCUGCUGGGGACCAUAUUGUUUGAUGGGCUUAGUCACAGCAAUGGGGGACAUUUCUUUUAACACUGCCAUGGACACGUUAGCCAUCUGGUUAGCCUGGGCCAAUGGGGCCAUCAACCCUGUUAUCUAUGCAGUGAGGAACCCCAAUAUAUCCAUGUUGCUCGGGCGAAGUCGAGAGGAUGGGUAUCGAACGAGAAACAUAGCAGCUUACAUGUCUGGUAAAACACAGAACAGAGAGGUCAGGAUCAACCAGGUGGACAGGAUCCGUGACCGUUUGGUGAAUCGUGUGAAAGUGAACAACAACAGCCGACUAUCCAAUUCAAGUCCAGGUAAGGGAGGCGGGGGAGGGAGUGGAGGAGGGGAGCUUGCUAUGUGGGCCUGUAAGAACCCAGCUGUGUUAUUCUGCAGGGACCUGCCGCCGGACACAGCAACACUAGCGAGCACUCCCAAAGUCAGGACUGUGGAUACAAGCCUGUGAAACUAUGUUCCUCAAUUUGGCCAGUUAAGUCUUUGACGUAGUCUCAAUUCAAUGCUCUUAAUGCGCUUCAAGUUCAGUGACCACCAAGUUCUUUUCUGAACGGGCCAUGCUCCCAUCUUCUGCAUGGCUCCUGCGCCUCUCACAGACAUGAAAUAAAGAAUUCGCCAAGUUACUCUUGGUGAACCUAACUCUGAACUGAGGAGAAAAAAUGAAAAGGAAGUCCCACGAAUAUAUUUAGAAGAGAUGUGGGUAACCUGAGUGAGACAAAAGGGAGAAAAGGUUAUUUAAAAAGGACUUGUUAAAGGCCUUUUACAAGUGUUUAUUUUAUUAUUAUCAUUUUUUUAAGAUUGUGGUGAUGGUGGUCAUUGAUCACAUUUUUAAUAGAAUUUACUACAUUUAACAUGGUCUAUUUAAAUGUAUGGGCAUUAUGACAUGAUCCAAGACUGCGACUCUGGAGGUGGUGGAUAGCGGGACCCUUGGUAGUUCCAUGCCUCAUUUUUUGUCUAUGGUUCACAUUCAUUCAAGAGUUUGAUGUUUGUUUUGGAUCGUGAACCUUGUGUUGUAAUAUUUCAGUUUGUGUUUAAUAUUUGCAAUUAUUAAUGUGUUUGUUUCUGUGUGUGUGUGUUUAAAAUGUGUAUAUCAAAUCAAAUAUUGAACACUAAAUCUGCACAAUGGAAAGUCAUCGUGAGUUGCUGCCAUUGCGAAAUAUUGACUAGCGAGAACACAAAACUUUCAUAAUAAUAAUGAGUCUGAGUUUUAUGAAGCACUGUCACUCAUCAGAAAUCUGACUGGCUUUGUUUCUAUAUCGUAUUUUUUAAUUACCUUUUUAUACAAAUGAAAUUAAAUCUCAAUGGUAGUGUUUACUGACCUAAUCUGCGUUCAAGACUCACCUUUUCACUGACUCAUUUUCAAAUAAGGAACAAGGAAAUAUGAAACACAUUCUUUGUUUUUGAGGAGAGAAAUGGUUGAUUUCAUCAAGCUGGUCACUGUACUGAUAAGUACAUAACAAGAGAUUGAGUUUUCUUUUCUUGAUUCACAGCCAACAUCUCCUUCUGUAACAGUUUCGGAUUUCUGAGUUUGAACCAAUUGAGCUGCUGCAAUCUGUCUGUAUGUCUCUGACAAUGAUCAGUCCAUGUACGUAAAAUGAAAAGUGUCAGAGUGACCUUCAGCAGUCCCUCAGUUUUAAUACAAGAAUAAAAAGUCAUCCAUAAAAAGUCUUGUGUUUGAUGAGAAAGUCAGGAUACGGAUCUGACAUUACACAUCAUUUACAGUAUUCCCAGUUUUGUUAUGAUUUUG